GAAUGUCAAGAGGCUCUCGGUAUGGAGAAAGGAGCGAUCUCUGACGGGCAGAUUAGUGCUUCGUCACAGCUCAAUGCCAACCAUGAGGCCAGCCAGGGUAGACUGAACUUGAAAGGAUCUUGGUCAGCUUACGCUAAUGACGCAAAGCAAUGGCUACAGAUUGAUCUAGGUAGCAAUCGUCUCACUGUCACACGGGUGGCAACUCAAGGAAGUAAUUUCCAGAGCCAGUGGGUAAUAAAUUACACGCUGAAAUACAGCGACGACGGUCUUAAUUUCCAGUUGUACAAACAACAAGGACAAAGUGAACACAAGGUUAGACACCUCUGCAGACUUUUACAUUGUGGGGAGUUUGUUACUUUUUUAAAGAUGUGAUUCUUGCUUGUCAAAAACAGUAGAUACAGCAAAUAGUUGACCGAGGAAGCAAAAUAAAGUUCAGUAAUCUGUUUCACUGCAUGUAACCCUCAAACCCAAAAAUUAAUUAUCAAAGUAAUGAUCUUGUACGUUUUGAGAUCUUGUGCAUCCUUUACCCCUUCGUUAGUGAACUGUACUUUUUUUUCUUCGUCAUUUCGUUCACCAUACUUAAUUCCUCAUUAAACUCCCUCUAAGCAGUCAGUCGGGGUGAGUGAGGCUAAUAAAAGUUUCCAGCACCAAGCAAACAAGAAGGGGGUUCAUUUGGGGUCGAGGAUAAUUUGUGGUCCGUUUUAGCCAUCCUUUCCCUUUUGGGGUGUUGUGGUCGGGGCUCAUUUGCUGUACUAUACAGUUCCCCUGUUCCUCAAAAUAAUUUUGAAAUUCACUGUUUUCUAAAAGUAUAAAUUUUAAUUCACUUGUUCUCCAAAAUCCAAUGCUGUUAGCGUUUCGAAGUUUCAAACACAUAGAGUUGUAAUGGGGGCCUAACCUAUUGCAGAACCUGAAAAGGCAUCAGGGUAACGCGUAAAGAAAAAUGGUCGGUAGUUCUUUGGAAGGAAAAAAACGGCUUCAGGCCCCAGUCAACUCACAACCAAGUCACAACCGACUGCAAUAGACCAGAGAAGCAGCAAAAUUGUCAAACAAAAGAAGUCUGACAGUACAAUGCAAAAGUUUAUUUGAAAAUGAUAUUAUUUUAAACUAGAAAAUCAAUGUCCCCCUGUUACUGGAAAGACUCAGCCGUUAACCUGUUCUCUAGAGGUCAUUUCAGGAUACUUCUUGUUUCGCCCUAAAAGUAAAUGGACAAGCUCCCUUUUGGUCGCCAAAACCCCCGCUCAAAUUUCAUAUUCAUAGUGUAUGUUUUAAAAUCCCUUGUAAAAAAGUACGAUAAUCGAGUUAAAAACCCCUCCAUACUAUCACAACAUCAAUAAUAUUCACCAGAAAACAUUAAAUUUUCUCCAAAUGAUUCCACUUCUCAACCAAAGACAAUCAUAUUUGCAUGACUACAUGCUACUAUGAACAGCUUUCAUUCGAAUCAGAGGUUACGUCUAGGAGUGCAGGGACCAGGGUGUUCUGCAAUUCAGUACGUGGUGAAACAAAAUGUCAUCCUUUCGAUUUUGAAUAGCUGGCAAAUGGCGCAAAAACCGCGACGAAUUGUCCAUCUAAGUACUGUUUUUUAUUUUCUUUUUUUGACCUGCUUCAGGUGUUUGUUGGCAACACAGACGAGAAUACUAUCGUUUAUAACGAACUCAAUGGGUCGAUUGUAGCACGCUACACACGUUUUCAACCAACAGCUUGGCAUAACCAAAUAUCAAUGAGGGUGGAACUAUAUGGCUGUAAAGGUACUUUUCAUUGGUAACGUCCCUCUUUUGUGGAAUUAGGAAAAAAUACAAACAAAUCCUUGUUUAAUUUAUCACUUUUGGUGGCCUUUACUACUGUAUUGCCAAAUAAAUAUUAACCGUCAUGGCUUUUCUUGACCGCUGAAGAAACCUAUUCAAUUUCCUAUAUUGAAUUAGGUUUCUCCUAAGUCAAGAAACCUUUAAUUCUGAUACUUUGACUUCGGCGUAACUUCAUAGAAUGCCCAAGAUAGAAAAGAAGGAAUUCAUGACUCACGUUGUUCCUAUGCAUUGUGGAGACCCUUCGGGAAAACAACAAACAAUAACAAACAAACAAAAAUAAAAUUCUGACGAACUAAGAGAUAUUUCAUCUCAACGCUUUGUUAUUGAGCGUAUAUGUUGUGGUUCAAUUUUUUCCUUGGUUUAAAUUUCAUUUUCCUUUGUUUUAAACUCGUUAUGAUACAUUACCAUACCCCAAAACAAACGAAAAUAAAAUUUAAACCAUGGAUAACAUUGAACAACAAAAUAUACAUGCCUUUUUCUGUCGCAGUUAAAGAGUCCUAGGUCUACUUUAAAUGCUUAUGAUUCUAAAGAUUAUAAAGUGCCGCGGAAGAUCGAAGUAUAAUGAAAUCGAGAGUAGCUUAUUGGAGGUUUGUUUGAUAUCGCCAUCUUUACUAAUGGAACGAACCGAACUUGUUCGUUUUGUUAGGAAACCCCGUAUACGGCCGCUGGUUUCUAGAUGGCAGUGAUCCAGAUGUGGGGUAAGUUGGGUUAUAUAUGUCUUGUUUGUUCAAGGUUUGGUGCGGGGAGGGGGCGGACAUGUGGCGUUUUAUGCCCUACCCCUAUUUUCUUAUUUCGCUUCCCCUCUUAACUUUCUCUAACUCUUAAAUAUAUUUUCUGAUUUACCAUUCUCUCUUGAGAAUGGUUUCAGUAUCGCCUCAAACUUAUGCAUUUGCCUUUCCGACUGCUGCAGAUGGCAUCACACUGUUAACUGGUUAAAUUUUUGUCUUAUAACGUAGGAUUCGAGAGUAAAAUAGUGGCUUGCAUGUUCCAGUGACAGGUAAUUCUUUUAUUCACAGCUAGAUUCCAUUCAUUGGUUUUUGUGAUCUUACAGGUAUUUUGGUACUGUUAACCAUACUAAAGGCUGGUGUCCUGGAAGCAAAGCAGCGACUUUCAGUCAGAAUAGUUCGUAUGCUACUGUGCCCAACAUUAACAUAACAACCUGUGACUUUACAAUUGCUUUUUGGGUAAAGUAUAUUGGUGUUGACGGGCCUAUACUGGCACUUUGGUCAAAGGGUGGAAAACUAUUUUACGUGACGGUCAAGAAUUCCCGACUCAUUUUAUCGAUACACAACGCUCUCGACUUACAAAUCGAUUACUGGAAUCACGUAGCAGUAACCUGUCAGCUGCACAAGAUCAAGGUGUUCGUUAAUGGUACGGAGGAGGCACUGAUAGACCAAUGGAAUGAGUAUUUCUUCUCAUCGUUAGGCCGUUAUCAGUCAGAGUAUAUCAUAGGAAAUGAUCCAGAUUUCGUCCAGAUGCCAAUGGCAAAUGGGGUGUUUGUUGGAGCAGUCAUGGAUCUUUAUGUGACUGGAAUAGCUUUAUCUGGGAGGCAGGUCUAUGACCUGAGUAAAGGUGAGAGUAGUAUAGAGGUCAGUUGGAAGUUAAAAAAUUGAAUGUUCUUUUUAUAGUCCUGGUUUCAGGCUUUUAAAGAUUGUGCUAGCAUAAUGUUUUGGCAUAAUUCGUAAUAAUUUUUAUCAAUUUUCCAAAAACUAUUGUAAUAAUUUGCACUUUUGGCUAGUUUAACAGCUCAAAAUUGAUCAUGUUAGCACUUAUUUUGGCCCGAGAGCAGAAUUACAUGUAAAUUUAAGUAACGAAAUAAAUUUUUUGUCUGCUUAUUGUCAUAUUCAUUGGACUUAGGUCCCGCAGGAAUUAAUCAACGGUGAUAAUCAAGAACUCUUUUUACAGGACUCAACGCAUGCACAUAAUUAGCUCGAUUACUUAAGAUGGCGUCAGCGUGCUGGUCGUUAAUUCUGGUUUCAGUUUUUGUAGUUGUUAGACAGUUUUGUAGGUUUAGUGGUGUACCUUUCUACAUUCAUCUAUCACUGAAAAUAUAUCAGUGGAAAUCACUAAAUAAUCGCAGUAUUAUUCUCAUUAUUUAAAGGCAAACCAAUUACACCCGUGAUAAACAACAAAGAAUCGGAAAUACAUGGUUGCAAAGUCAAUAUAACUUGGAGUAGGAACGUAUGCACCGUAACGAAGACCACUAUACGGUUUAGGGAGAUAAAGCCGCUAGGCGAUGAAGCUGAAUGGAGCGAAUUAAAGGUUCCUGCAACCACCUUUCAUCUUUUAUCUCUGGAAUGCGACAAGUGGUAUGAAAUUGGAGUGUCUUCCUGGUUUGGAGAACUUCAAAGCGACUGGUCAGUUUCUUGGAAAUUUAAAACCCGCUCUACAGGUGUGACAUUACCUUAUGUAUGUUUAAUAAUAGCUGAUAGGUUUUGGUAUUGACACCAAACCAUAUCCAGUUGAACCUCUGGUUAAGGGUCCACAAUAGCCGGGUUCUCAAAUCCCGCCUCCCCGCUAGUUUUUUUCUUCUUAAUUCCGCUAUCCCGCCUGUUUUUACGUGCGAAUUCCGAUCCCCCUUUAUAGUCCGCUACACAGCCACAAAGUUUUUGUGGAGGAGCGUUGGGUGACAGCUCUAAAAACUGCUGUGUAGCAGACUAGAUCUCGCCCUAAUUUUUUUACGGGUUUCCUGCUUUCAUUAUUGAAAUAUUAAAACGUUAUACAAUGUUUAAGACUUGCUUUCUUGCAAUAGGCAGCUUUGAUGUUUAAGGCUCUUGACUUAACCAUUAAUAGCCUGAGCCUGGGGUCAGGCUCCGUGGUGGGGAAAAAAGGCAAAAAACGGGGUCAAUUUUUUUCUCCCUUUUCCCCCAAGGCGGAGCCUGGUCCAAGGCUAAACCAUUAACGACUGUAACUUUAUUUUCUGUUUUGCUUAUUAUUAUUUUUUGGGGGAGCGCAUCUAUACAAAAAAGAAGGUUUACUUCGAUCUGAGUUCUGGCCAUUUGGAAACAGCCAGUUGAGUAAGGUAGAUGGAUGUUUCGAUUGAUUUACUGCUAGGUUGCAUUAGGCGAUGAAGCCAAUUCUCUGCGCUGACAACGGCUCAUACCGUGCUAGAUGGACCUUGACCUUAUCUCUAAUCUGUCAAUCAAACCGGCGGUUGCAAGACUGUUAAGCCAAUUUAAAAGUAAUUACCAAGGGAGGAACGACGCGCUCCAGCCCAAAGAGUCAAAUUAUCUUUAGAAAAACAAGCUGGACUUUAAAAAUCGUUGCUUAAAGAUCAAUCUUGUCCCAGUGCAGUUCCCCAUAAUUUAUGUAGCUUCAGUUUAAGCUGCCAUUCAUUCUUCGAAAUUUGGAUCUGUAAAUCACUGAGGAGAAUUUAAAAGGGGACAUGGGGGGGGGGGUGGGGUCUGAACACCGCAACGCCGCAAAAAAUUUUGCCGAACACCGCAUCACCGCAAGAAAAGUCGGUGGAUCACCGCCACCGCAAUAUUUAUUUUCAGUCUGAUGAUUUUAGCGUCAGUACAAGAUAAAGCUUUCAAGAUUUUGCCUCUGACCUUAAGAAAAUCUCUGAAACAACACAUAACGAGGCCAAAGCUGUAGUUACUCUGCCUAUGCUUUUCGAUCUUGGUUGUUACGUACACUUUGACUCUAGAAUCCUAGAAGAUCUAUGAACUAGCUACGAUAUUCAGAUACAGAGACAAUGCGUGUUACUUACCAAAUGCAUUCUACAAACUUCGCGAGUCUCUUUUCCUCCUUGUUUAUGGAGCAUCGAAAUUUUUUUUUCCACCUAUAGUCUUCUCCACCUUUGCCCUCCUCGUAAAAAAAAGCUACGCAAUGAACUACGCAUUCAGGAUCGACAGGAUCAGCUGCGUCAGUCGCAAGGUUUUCGCUCAUCUUGCCUGACGGACGUACAUGUGGCGAUCCGGGUCGCGAAGGUCACGUUGCUUAUCAAGUUACUUAAUAGCGGAGCUCCUUGCGCGCGCGAAGCGCGCGCGAGCGGAGCACCAUGACUAAGAUAAACUACCCAUCCGAGAAAUUUUGGUUAUGACGUCAGCGUACGUCCGUCCGUACGGACUUUCCGGGUAGUGGAAAGUAGUCCGCAUGGACUCUUCGGGUAGGGGAAAGUAGAGAUUUUUUGGCGGGAAAUCGCAUGGCGCAACGUCGCGCAAUUAUAUCGCGCAACUGGUUUUGAAAAAAGAAAUUUCAAAGCAACUUAGCAAAAAGAUUUUUCUACAGAGCCUUUAUAACUUUUUAUUACAACUUACGAAAGCUAUUAUGUCAACAAACAACAGCAGAGAGAUUUUAGCAUGUAGAUGACAGGUUUUAAGCAGAGAGCAAAGAGAAGGUGAACGGCAGAGAGCAAGAGUUAAAACGCGUAGAACAAGCGAAGACGAUCGCCAAAGAGAGCGCGUUAGAAGUAGAAGAAGAAAACAACAUUUUAGCGAAGAAAGUCGGCAAGUAGAAAGAGUCAGAGCGAGAAGAAGGAGAGAAAAUUAUAGUGAAAAACGCCGGCAAGCAGAACGAGACAGGGCAAGAAUGAAUAGACAAAGGCAACGCGAAAGAGAAAUACGAAGGCAAAGAGAACGGCAGCAACAUAAUGACAUGAUGACAGAAAGUGUUGUGUUAAUGUCACUAUGGCCCCGUGUUAUUAACAUUUUGAUUUCAAACUGAUCUCGGACGCGAAAAUUCAGCCAAUCAUUUAAAAAUACAAGCAGGGAAGACAGAGGCUUUUCACUUUUCUCACCAUAGUCACGCGUUGAUCACGCUCUACGAACAUCCAAUUUUUAUGCUCUGAUUGGUCAAAAUUUGACAGGUGGAGUUCAUGCAGAAAAUUUAUACAGCAUCUUGAACCUUGUUUACUUUGAUAGCUGAAGCUGACAGAGUAUUUUGUCAACUUGUGAUGUUUUUUACUGUCUUUUCCCACUGGAUGCUUAAAAUGAAAUACAGCUGCUAUCAACAGUCUUCUUUGAUUCAUGGCUGGCUUGUUUAUUGAAUUUUUGAUCGGGAAAUGCGCCGGUUGUCAAAGUUGGAAAUCCGAUUUCGGAUGCAUCGCUUUCGUUUUUACCUUGCUGGAUGCAGGUUGAAAAGUCCCUCAAGCGAUUCUGGCCUUACUUUAUAGCUUUCAAGAGCUGCAUCUCGGAUGGUAAGCCUAAGUAAUUAUUGUAUACAGUGUAUGUUUGUUUUUUAUAUCUAAUUUCAUGAAGUCGAGCGCAGUUUAUCAGGCUAAUUUAUGCACGUUUGUGUUAAGAUCUGAGUGAAUGAUCUGAUCUAGUAUAUAUAAGCUUACAGAGCUUUAAAAAGCCUUUAGUCGAUAUUUUCUCUCCGCAUAUAAAAUGAAAAAACGUUCCGAAGAGUAUUUAGUUAUAAUUUUGGCUGUAGAAAAAAAGCUUUGAGCGAUUUUCUUGCCUCGAGUCCCGGCCUCGAGUUCAUCUCUGAAAACAGUAAACACUAGGAAGCCGGCUAAAAGCUUUACGCUUACGAGACGCUUUAAUACCUUUCUUCGUGAAUGAAAAUUGAUGUCUCUGUAAAUUUUUCACUGAAUUACAUUUCUUUUAUUGAUUGUUAGUAGUAUCUUGCAAUUUUAAUCGCUUUGCUGUUUGUUUUCAGUCGUUCAUAGACAACGCUUGCAGGAGUACUCAAAAUGCUGCGCGUUUGCACAUCGUUAUAAAACCAUUAAAUAAAGAAAAUAAACAAUAAAUUCUUUAUUAUGUUGAAGCGUAACUCUUUCAAUGUUCACUGAAAAUUUGGCGCUUGUCAAAAGUGACAAACGGCUGGCCGUAUAGGUGAUUUUGGAAAUUUUUUGAACGGUUUUGCUAAAAGCCCACGCGUGCUUCGUACGGUUCUGAAUAUUGAAUGAGUGCAAUUUGUCUUGAAAAAUUGUGAAAUACUGCAUUUUGUCUGAGGUCUGUAUGAUAAAAACAGCGCCUCAUAUUACUGUUUCACCUCAGAUGUGAUGCAUAAAAAGUAUGAAAUGUUGGUUUACACGCUCCCAGAGUUGUUGGCAAGAUUUUGUUAAGUAAACUUGUCGAACGCCAAAAAUUCGGCCUGAUUUGUUUUUUCCAUGAAUUCGUUUUCCAGGCCUAAUCUACUGUGAUCAAGAGCUAUUAUGGCUCUUAAAUGUGAUCGACGAUGAUUGCUAUUUUUUGGGUGUAUAUAUACCGGCUAUCAAUUCGAUGAAGGAUUUUUUUUCACUCUAAAAUCACUUAGCCUUAGCUUUCCCUAAAAAGUCACAUAUGUGCCCUUAAGUUAACUGAUUUGUGGAUUACAAGUUUAUUGUUUGAUUUAAAUCAUAAACUUAUUAAUGGGAGCUUCGCUUUUAGCCCUGGCUAAAUCUAUAUAUUAGCGGAGCUCCUUGGGCGCGCGAAGCACCAUAACUAAGAUAAUUUGGUAAACUAUCCCCCCCGAGAAAUUUUGGUUAUGACGUCAGCGUACGUCCGUCCGUACGGAACUUCCGGGUAGUGGAAAGUAGUCCGCAUGGACUCGUGGGGUAGGGGAAAGUAGAGAUUUUUUGGCGGAAAAUCGCAUCGCGCAACGUCGCGCGAUUAUAUCUCGCAAGUGGUUUUGAAAAAGAAAUUUCAAAGCAACUUAGCAAAAAGAUUUUUCGACAGAGCCUUAAUAACUUUUUAUUACAACUUACGAAAGCUAUUAUGUCAACAAACAACAGCAGAGACAUUUUAGCGUGUAGACGACAGGUUUAAAGUAGAGAGCAAAGAGAAGGUGAGCGGCAGAGACCAAGAGUCAACACGCGUAGAGCAAGUGAAGACAAAGAUCGCCAAAGAGAGCGCGUUAGAAGUAGAAGAAGAAGACAAAAUUUUAGCGAAGAAAGUCGGCAGGUAGAAAGAUGUCAGGGCGAGAAGAAGAAGAGAAAAUCAUAGUGAAGAACGCCGGCAAGCAGAACGAGACGGAGCUAGAAUGAAUAGACAAAGGCAACGCGAAAGAGAAAUACAAAGGCAAAGAGAACGGCCGCAAAAUAAUGACAUGAUGACAGAAAGUGUUGUGUUAAUGUCACUAUGGCCCCGCGCUAUUAACAUUUUGAUUUCAAACUGAUCUCGGACACGAAAAUUCAGCCAGUCAUUUAAAAAUACAAGCAGGGAAGACGGAGGCUUUUUAAUUUUCUCACCAUAGUCACGCGUUGAUCACGCUCUACGACCGUCCAAUUUUUAUGCUCUGAUUGGUCAAAAUUUGACAGGUGAGUUCAUGCAGAAAAUUUAUACAGCAUCUUGAAACUUGUUUACUUUGACAGCUCAAACUGACAGAGUUUUUUGUCGACUUGUGAUUUUUUUAUUGUCUUUUUCCACUGGAUGCAUAAAAUCAACAGUCUAUUGUUAUUCAACAGCAAGUGGUAACGUUUGCGCAUGCGUCAAGCUUGCUGGGAAGCACUUGUUGAUGGGAAAUUGUAAUGGACCAAAGCUGUUCUGAAGCGCUUUCAAGGGAGAUUUUUUUGCAUACCCAAUCAACAACAGAGAUUUCUUAUAGAUUUGAUACUUUGGCUAAGCCAUGUUAGAGUGUCAUGUAUGGGAGAAGGACCAUUUAGCUGGUUAAUUUUCGUCCUUUUGGCUCCUCUGAUGAAGCAGAUAAAGCGUUCACGAGGUCGUUUGUUGUGAUAUGUUGAUUUGUUGACAUUCAAGCGGUCACGGAUUUCUGGGUUAUCGUCCACGAUCUGCAGAGCUGCCUAACAUUUAGGUAAGAUAUACCCCUUGAUUUACUUUGUGAAAUGUGGAGCAGCAUCAUCGAAUGUUAUGUGUUAAAAUUAUAGCAGCCUGAAUUCAACGUGAUUUAUGUGACCCUGGUAUUUUUGUAGUAUUUGACCCUGACCGUACAACGAGAUCCAGUUAUAUAUCCCCCACAAGCGACUAAACAGGUUAAACUUCUCUUUCGGUCACUCCGUAUUUUCACUUUUAAUGGUUAAUUCAAAGGGGGGAAGUUCGAGUAUUUUGAUACUAUUUAGCGGCAUGAAAUCAACAAACAAAUUUCCUACUCUUACAAGUAAGGCCAUAGUCGGAUGUUUCCUUCCAUUUUCGAAAAUUUGCUUUUCUGGUUUACAUUGGUGCUCUAUGGCGAUUACUUAUUCUCAGAGAUUAAGAGAUCGAGGCGUUGGAUUGUGAAAUAUUAUUUGCUAAACCUUCGUUAAAGAUGGACAAUUUUUUCUUGUCCUUUUCAACCUUGUUUUUAGAUUUUUCGUUAACGUGUAAAAGUAUAUCCCAACAAAACUUAUUUGUAAGAGAAUUGUUUCGGAACACUCUUUCAUUCUUGAAUGUUUGAUUUUGCAUCCAAGGGGGGGAACACUGAUGAAUUUGCGUUUUAAUAAUCAUGCACUGUAAGCUCUCAGAUUCACUGACAAGAACCCUCACCAUUUGGAAGAUGAUUUUAAUCUGAUAAUUAUUCAAUGAUGAUUUGUUUAUACAUACAAAAUUGGCGCCUAAAAGAAUUUUAAUGUUAUGCUUAAAAUGUUUACAUAAUGUCUUGAAACAUAACAGAAAUCAAUAUAAAAUACGAAAAUACAUAUAUGUGCAUUCUUUUCCCUGCCCUACUAUAAAAGUGAUUUCAUAAGUGUGAUUUAAUGCAUUUUCAUAUGACCAUUACAAUAUUACUCCCACUUUGACAUUAGCACAAGUUCAAGCGCAAAACAAUUCUUGCCCUUGUUCACCUUUGCACUUGCUGGACUGCCAUUCCUGUUUGAAGUACAGACAACACUGGACAUGAAAUCCCUGUAUUUGAUUCCUUACAUUGGCAUCCACAUAAGAAUUAGCUUCAUCACAUACCAUGUAUUUGUUCGCUUACAAAAAUCAUCAAUGUUAUUAUUCCUUUUCUAUCCAAAAGAUUUCUUUCCUUCUUGAAUAUAAAUUCUUAUCCAUGACACUUUAGAAAUCCUGAAUAUCUAAAGGGGUAUCGCUAGUUGUGGGCAACAACUAAAUGCCAUAGGGGUAACUUUUCACUCUCCGAUAGAAAUAGAUCUUUUGAUACUUUGAGUCUCAUUCAGAGGUUGUGCACAUAAAUUUAGGAGCACUUGGCUUGUCAAUGUCGGUUUGGCUGUGUAUACACUGUAGUAGUGUACUGGUAUAUAGUCAUAUAUCAUAGGCUGCACAAGUUGCAAUUAAUGUAAAAUUUUCCCCUGAAUCAAGCUCAUUGAUGCUCCUGGUGUCGCAAGAUGACAAGUUAUGAAAAAUUUCAUUUGCCUUUUGCCUGUUGCAGGAGCUCCCUAUGAGAUGCUCAGCACUAAGCCUUGUUGAUUCAGGUGAUAGUCAUUGAGGACAACUACAUCGUCACAUUUAAACCAGUCGCACUUUUCACUCAAGCUAUAGCAGAGCUGUUACAAAAUGGCGACUAUCUGUUUUUUAUUUAACCCUAUGCUGUCUGCAGAAUGUGAAGGGUCUGUCACUCCAUCGUGAACUGCAUCAAAUAGCCUUCCAGGUGCCCCAGAAGACACAUGGACAAGCUUUAAUUUUAAUGAGUCAUACAUUGGCUCACUUGAAGCUACCAUAAACUGAGACUUUAUAAAUACCGGUAUCAGGCUUUAAGAUCCUUAAGUUCUCCUCAUGUUGAAAUUGAAUGAAAAGGAAAAGUUAGAGCUAAUUUUCUCUCAUUUUCAAUUUUUUAAUCUUCAAAUCAUAAGAACUUGGCCGCAAACAGAUAUGGGCUAGUCAAGGGAGCUAGGCCUUAUUAGUUAUAUCUUUAAUAAUUAACACAUGUGCAGUAGAAAAUACCAACAGCAAAAUGUACGAAAAGCAAAAAUGAGUGCAAGCAUGGAAGUACCAGAAGCAGAAAAUUCACUUCAAUAUCUCAGAGAGAAAAUGCAGUUUUAGAUGUUAUGAUCUUUACUAUUUUAAGUAUUUUCACUGUUGUGUGCAUAUUUGCAAUUUUCUAGUAUGUAGAAGUGUGGGGAGUAAAGGGAAGGAUUUUUCAUGGUUAGGGUUACCUCAAUAAAACACAUCUGUAAUAUGAAACAUCUUGUACCACACUCCUGUUUUGGCUCAUCUAAUUCUUUAUUUUAGAAGUAUAAGGGGCAUCUUGGAGUCAAGAGCCUCCAUAUUACAAAAUUGUGCCUACACCCCUUAAUAAGUUAAGGCAUCACAUAGAUUUAAUAGAUGUCAUUUCUAGAGUUUGGUUAUUUAGUUUUAUAUCAUCUAGUCAAAAAAGGAAACAUACAAUUUCAUAGCCCUGGGUGGGAUAUCUUUGAAAUUUUAUCAGUCGCAGAAUUAGGACACUGCACCUGCUUUGGCCACUGGUGGUUAGGAUGGGGUAUCUCUGAAAAGUAAUCACUGGCAGAAUCACUGCACUAAGGUUGCACAUCUCUGAAAAACAGGGCAUUCCUUAACCAUAACUGAUGUGAAAUCGUAUUAUUGCAAGGAGAUUGUCGCAAGAACUGCAGUUAUGACUAUAUAAACAGACUAGCAUUUAGAAUUUUUUUUCACAGCGUUUUAUUCAAAUCAUAAGCGUCGGACGUUUUGUACUCGGUCACAACUUACAUGAAGAGAUUUUUUCCUAGUAAUCCAGUGUUUAAUAGAGCAGUUUUGCAGCUGUUACACAUGCAGAACCCUAUCGACGUGUCCGCGCGCAAGCCAAAACACGAAACAUUAAUCACUCAUGGACCACAAACCGCGCAAAAUUGUGAAUGAUCUGCGACUUAUUAGCCUUGAGACCAAUCUCGCAUAUUACAAAGAAGCCUUUGUCCGAUCUGCACUCCACAAAGAUAGAACAUAUGACUAAGACGAUGGUAAUUUUUAAAAGAGGCGCCAUUUUUCUUUGCUGCAUUCGCUGCGAUCCAAUACCACCACAAACUUCCGUCCAGCGGCUCGCGCAUACUCGCAACGUUACCACUUGCUGUUGGUUAAGACUAAAAAGAGUAAAAAACUAUAUUACAAUUAUGAAAUAUCCUUACAAUGAAUAUCUACAAACUAUAAUUACAAUAAGAAUACAGCUAGGAUGGGUCAAGCGAAAGGAAGGUUGUGAAAUGCCGGAUUAGCAUAAAACUAAGAAAUAAUUUUAAGUUUCACUUAAACUAAAAUGAUCAACGUCGUUGUAUCUCGUUAAAAAAUGACUAUAAAUAGCCUUUCUAAAUGAGGUUACACAUGUUCCUUUCUUAAGGUCAAUGGACAGAGAGUUCCAGAGCCUGGUCGCAGACACGCUAAAAGUUCUCCCUCCCUCAGAUUCGCGAUUAUAUCUGGGGCAGACGAGGUUUAAGGCACUGUACCGCCCACUGCGUGUGUGUAAAUCUGCAUUGCAUUUAAGGUCAUACAUGUUUUCGUUUUUCACCUUGCUGGAUGCAGGUUGAAAAGUCCCUCAGGCGAUUCUGGCCUUACUUGAUAGCUUUCAGGAACUGCAUCUCGAAUGGUAAGCCUGAGAAAUUAUUGUAUACUGUGUAUGUGUUUGUUUUUUCAUAUCUAAUUUCAUGAAGUCGAGGGCAGUUUAUGAGGCUAGUUUAUGCACGUUUGUAUUAAGAUCUGAGAUAAUGAUCUCAUCUAGUAUGAAGUUUGAUAUAAGCUUACAGAAUUUUAAAAAGCCUUUAGUCGAUAUUUCCUCUCCAAAAAUAGAAAGAAACAAACGUUCCGAAGAGUAUUUAGUUAUGAUUUUGGCUGUAGAACGAAAGCUUUGAGCGAUUUUCUUGCCUCGAGUUCAUCUUUGAAAACAGUAAACACCAGGAAGCCGGCUAAAGCUUUAAGGUUAAGCAUAAGACUCAGGAUUUUUAGAGACGCUUUAAUAGUUGUCUUCGUGAAUGAACAUUGUUGUCUCUGUAAAAUUUUCACCAAAUUACAUUUCUUUUAUUGAUUGUUAGUAGUCUCUUGCAAUUUCAAUUGCUUCGCUGUUUGUUUUCAGUCGUUCAUAAACAUCGCUUGCAGGAGUACUCAAAAUGCCGCGCUUAUCAAACGCUUUUUAAGAUUACACAUCGUUAUAAAACCAUUAAAUAAAAAAAUAAACACAAUAAAUUCUUUAUUAUGUUGAACCGUAACUCUUUUAAUGUUCACCGAAAAUUUGGCGCUUGUCAAAAGUGAGAACCGGCUGGCCGUAUAGGUGAUUUUGGAAAUUUUUUGAACGGUUUUGCCAAAAGCCCACGCGUGCUUCGUACGGUUCUGAAAAUUGAAUGAUUGCAAUUUGUCUUGAAAAAUUGUGAAACACUGCAUUUUGUCUGAGGUCUGCAUGAUAAAAACAGCGCCUCAUAUUACUGUUUCACCUUAGAUGUGAUGUGUAAAAAGUAUGAAAUGUUGGUUUACACGCACCCAGAUUUGUUGGCAAAAUUUUAUUUAAGUAAACUUGUCCAACGCAAAAAUUCGGCCUGAUUUGUUUUCCAAGAGUUCGCUUUCCAGGCCUAAUCAACUGUGAUCAAGAGCCAUUAUGGUUCUUCAAUGUGAUCGAAGGUGACUGCUAUUUUUUGGGUGUAUAUAUACGGCUAUUAACUCGAUGUAAUAUUUUUUUUCACUCUAAAAUCACUUAGCCUUAGCUUUCCCUAAAAAGUCACAUAUUCACAUAUGUGCCCUUAAGUUAACUGAUUGUGGAUUACAAGUUUAUUGUUUGAUUUAAAUUAUAAAUUUAUUAAUGGGAGCUUCGCUUUUAGCCCUGGCUAAAUCUAUAUAUUAUAAAUGAAAAACAGGCUAAGGAUUGGUGACGGGCAGCGUAUUUAACAUUAACUAGAGAGUAUUAGAGGACCCUUAGAGUGUAUUUUAUUUCAAAUCAAACAUGAUGGAGGCUAAAUUUAGAACUGACAAGCUUUAAAAUGGAAACUGCGACAUCGCAGAUAACUUCGUUUCACCGAACACCGCAGACUUUAAGACGCAAACAUCGCACACCAUGAGGUUUAAGAACACCGCAACACCGCAAGCUGAGAUUUUAUUCACCGCAACACCGCAUGAAAAAAUGCCCAACACCGCAACACCGCAAAUCCCCAAUGUCCCCCUCUUUAAAUAUAUCCUGCAAAAACUACUAACCAGCUAGGCCCCGCGUGACCGAACAUUGCAGGAAACCUUCACAUUCACCGACAAAAGAAAAUCGCUUUUAGUUAUUUAGAUCCAGGAGGCACAUUGAAGAAACUUAAACAACCUAAAAGUUUAUUUCGCGGCAAUGAAGAAGUUUACGUUUCAAAGGAGGUCAAAGAAAAUGCUCUCGACUCGCAUCAGAGGGCAAAUCAUGCCGACCAGAAAUAAAUCGCAAAAAAAUCGAAAAGCGUAUCACGACCUCUCAGUAUAAAACAAACGGCAAAAUUAAUGAAUAUUUGCUCAGUCAUAAUCUACCUGCUGGAGAAAAAAAUUCAUUGGAACAAGCAGCAUUUUGGCACGAGGUAAGAGUUUUAUGUUGCCUACUGACCCCCUUUUUACUCACUGCAUAUGCCAGGUACUUUAACUAGAACAGGAGUGAUUUUCCACAGCCGGUCGGCAAGACCGCUAAUAUGUCUUUCCUUUAAAUAGUAAUUUACAAUGCCCUCUCAUAUUUCCUUCACACCAUGACUUCGGCUAUUGCCUUAUCGAAAUCUUCCGUUCCUACAGGGAUCUGAUAUUUUCAAUUCUCUUCCAAAAAGUGAAAACGUACGUGAUGUGUGCUUGGAUUGUUUGGAUUAGAUCCUUGUCACCUUCAAACCACCCGCGUUCCGAUCACGCGCCUAUUGUGAUUGUAAUCCAAUCAGAGCAUUUGAAACAUUCGAUAUCUCCAAGGAACCAAUCAGCAAAACAUCCAUAUUCUGUAUGUUGUGGUAUAAGCGGUGUUGUAAUUGGCUCGGCGCUAUGAAAGGGAUGGCGCUCUGGUCCAGAGGCUUUUCGCGCGGGUCACUUUUUAGGACUUGACCGAAACCGGAAACCGCGCAUGAAAAGUCUCUGGCACCCAGGGUACCUAUUGAAUCCAACAGCACAAGCAACUGUAGACAACCCCCUUGCAGAAAGUGUACUUUUCCACCCUUCUUGCGCUUGGUCCUCGAUUUAUUCCUCUUUUGUACUACUACUUGUACUCAUUCCUGUUUAAAAUCUCUUUACUUUCUUCCAUUCUUAAAUCCGCUCAAUAAUAGGUGCGUGUGACCUGCAAUAGUUUGCAAACCAGUCCUUUUUUGCUCACAAUCGGUUUUAAAAGGUGCGAAGCACAGGCGAAGACUGUGUAAAAUUAACCGCGUUUCUUUCGCAUCUCUCCCUAGUCUAAUUCGUUUUUUGGCCUCUUUCCAGACCUUUCCAUUGACCGUUCGCGCACACCGUCAGUUACCAAGUAACGAAAUAAGACGAAAACACGCAAUGUUGAUAAUGGCUAAAACUGACAGGCUUCAUUUCCUUGGCGACUAAUAGUUCCUAGUACAUGGGCGGUGUACACAAAAAAGUCAAAAUGUGGUCACGAGAAAACUUAAUUCCCGUAUCCCGCUACUUUUCCCUUACGAUUCCCGCAUCCCAACCCAAUAAAAAUAGGAAAUCCCGCUCCUGCUUAAAAUCAAAAUUUCAGCUUCACGCUCCUUUUUUUAGCUCGCAUCUCGAGUAUCACCACAAAAAACAGCCAAAUCACGCAUCCCGUCAAACCUAUUGUGGACCCUAUCUGCUAGGGGUAGACCCCCGGGGAAUUAGACACCCCUUUCAGCUCCCUCAUAAGCCAAAAGGGGAGUAAAACAGAUCAAGACGGAAAUUUACCACAACAAAGCCAUUUGAUGUUCAAUAACAAUAAAAAUGUACAGAUUAUAGCCUCCGCUUACUGGAAGUUUAUCAUCCUGUAACUUUUAAACUUUAAGCGACUGUUCAUCUGUAGUAAAUAGCCUGUCACGACGCUGUAUGUUCAUGGCCAUCUUAAUUGGCCUGCAUUUCUACAUCUGGCAUAUACGAUUGUUUGUAUCCCUCAGUGACCAGAGAGGCUCUUCCAAGAGUUUCCACUGGUUCUCCUACAGGCGUUCCCACAGGUUCUCCUACAGGCGUUCCCAUACUCUGGAUAGUGUUGGGAGCUUCCGUGGCUCUUUCUGCUUUGGUGGUGGGGAUAAUUGUCUACCGUAAGAGAGCAAAGAGGAAUGAACGGUAUUUCAUAAAAUGUUAUCGUCUAUAUGAAUGCUUUGUAUUAUGAUAAUGAUAUGCAUGCGGAAAAAGAAGACUUUUUUUUCUCUGCAAGUGUCUGUUGGUCUUCAAGUGUCUGUCUCUCUCAGUCAAGUCGCGCUGGUGAGUGACCCUCCUAACAGACCAAGGCGAUGUACUUUUAUCACCUUGUAUGAACCCGGAAGCCAUCUCUGAUUAAAGCAUUACCACAAGCCCAUGAUUAAUGACGACGAAUUUCAUUAACAUUUAAUUUGCACUAUUUUUUCUAGGUCCAGUGAGUCUGACAUUGCCGAGUUUAUGUUGCUGGAAGUCCCACACGAGCGGGUUACUAUCAUGGAGGAACUGGGACGAGGCGCUUUUGGAAGAGUUUAUAAGAGCGUGAUGAGGGGGGUACCUGAAAAGAAUACAUUCUCCAAACCAAAGGAUCACAGUUUGGAUUCGCAUGAGGGACGUAUUGUUGCUACAAAAGUUCUACCAGGUGCGUGAAUUCAGAAUAUAUGGCAAAAACAUAACUUACUCUUUCAGCAAACGCUAUUCACGAGAGUGAUUCUUAUUGAUAACAGGCAAGAGAGGCUCUCUUGUAACAGGUUUGAAUUAUUUAAUCCAAUAGAUAGUAAACAUUAUAUAUAUCGUGGAAAACAGCAUCUAAAUGCCCCAGUCGGUAACAGUGAUGUACCUCAGGGGCCCAUUUUUGAUCUUAAAUUUUGUUUGUUUUGUUUUGUUUUCUUAUAUUAUAUAUUAUUUAUAUUAAUGACCUCCCUGAAUGUUUGCAAUUUACCACACGUUUUAUUUGCAAUGAAUCAAUUCAGUAAUGUAGACAUAAAAACCUUCACUGAGAUCAGAACAUUGAUGAAGUGUGCUAAAAGGUUAGUCGUGUUGCAAGUGGUCUUAGACAGGCUCGAGAUUAUGUCACAUUAAUUGUACUAAAAAGAAUAUAGCGCUUAAAUCGAUGCCCACGCUCGAGCGAAAACCGAGCGGGCACCCUUUGACAUAACCACACAGAUAUAAAAAUUGCAAAACAGAGCAGGCUGCAUGAUCUCUUCUUAGGGCUGUGACAUGAUAACAGAUUAUCUCUUUAAACCAAUUCAAAAUGUUAGUGCAUUCCUUCGUAAUGUGUAGAUUGGUCGUUCUGUUAUGUGAUCUUUCGAAAUACGUUAUUCACAUGUUUCAGUUACUUGAGAACUUUAUUUGAUCGUUUGUGAUUGUUAAUAUGACCACAUUACUGCAGCUUUACUUAGAGCACUACAUUGGCUUCCCUUGGAGCAUGAGUUGCCGAAUUUAAAUUAUUCAUGUCCGAGCUGUAAUCGUCAUUUGUUUCAAACUUACAAGCCUGUUAGGAGUUUACGAUCAUCAACCAUGAACUUGUUAAUUAGUGACACCCAAAUCUAGGCUAAAAUUUUACCGGGCGAUCAUGCUUUUUCGUUUUUUGUCCCUAAACUUUGGAAUGAUUCUCCGGAGCACAAACAGUGUAAAAUGGAAAUUGAAUAUUCGUUCCUCUAAGAACAAUCUUAAAGCUCUAAAAUCUUCUAAGCGUUAUUUUUAUUUCGUAGUUUUGUUUAACAAUUUUUCUAUUUUGCAAUGUUACGAGUUACUACUGCUUUCUAGUCGUUUAAGUUGAAAAUAUUUAUUGUAAAGCGCCUUAGAGCUUGAUGAUGGUAAUGAAGAUGAUGGUAACGGUCUUGAUGAAACCCAACUACAAAAGCAUUGUGGUACGUCCCUGUCAAUACAGAUCGAGUCAAUGAAAAUGAGCUAAUUGGAUAGAUGCGUAAGGAUUACAAACGUACACUCAAGGAAAGUCAUUUAACUGGAGAUGAAGUGCCCGUGGGUCCAGAAUAGGGAAGCAAUUAAAGAACACAAAACAUGGCGUCUAUACUUUAAGAAACAAGUUUCGGGACUAAAAGAUCAUCCAGUAGUACAUCAUGUUACAUGUCGUGCUUGGUGAUCGCUAGAUGAAGAGAACUAACGGUUUUUCUUUGAGGCUUUGUUUUAUCUACGUCACUUAACUUAGGGAACCAAGUUUUAAACAAAUAGAUUUUUUUUAUUUAUUUUCAUAGGUUAAAUAUACUUUCAUUUUAAUUAGUUCUUUUUAUCUUUACAUCUGGUUUUAGUUGUUUAGUACUAACUGAUAUCGUGUAGCAUUUACGUAGGUCACUGUUACUGGAUUUUUUUCAAUGUCUUUCUUUUUCUUCAGAAAAUGCCACGGAGAAGGACAAACUGCAGUUAGUUCGGGAAAUUGAGCUGAUGAAGGAAGUCGGAACACACCGUAAUAUUGUGAGCAUGCUAGGGUACUGGAUCCAAUCACAUCCCAUUAUGUUAAUCAUGGAAUAUGUUCCAAACGGAGAUCUUCUUCAGUGGCUCAGAAACAAAAGGCAACAGGUAUCAUUACUUUAUAAUCUGUAUCAAAUAAAAAUUUGCUGCCCGCUGUUUUGCCUUUUGUUUAAAAGAUAUUUUUUCUCCAUUCCCAAUAGCGCUGCGCACAGGUAUUAUUUAUAGAACUUAAACUCAGACAAACAAAUUCCUCAAUUUUUUUUGUCUUUUUGUCAUUAAAAUGUCAAGUUUGUCUGACUUUUGUCAUGAAAAUAACGAAAAUGCCAGAUAUCAGACAAACAUUGCAAAUUAGUCACUCUGACGUCAUUUUUCUUUUUUUGGUCCUCAAUAGGAUAUUGGUUUUCGCUUUUCUCAACAAUUCGAAAUUUUUAAAAAACCCUUCAAAAUAUUAUGGUGGAGAUAAUGAUUGUCCGUCCCGAAAGCCCUGUACGAGAUAUGACGUCACAAGUGACAUUAGGUCAAACCAAAUAUCAAGAAGCACUGCACGUCGCGUUUUUGGGACUGUGUAUCUUAAAAUGUCAUAGAAAAUUGUAACAAAGCAGAGGAAAAGAAAGAAAAGCUUUGUCUCUAUUGCAGUAUAAUCCAUUUGAAUUUUCCAUGGACGAUUUAAGAAAGUUGGCCCAUAAGGUAUUCCCGGCUAGAUUUUCAGUUUAACGUCGGUUAAGUAAUCUUUCAAUUCACAUGGAUUCCUUUUCAAUGGGUAAAAAUAUUUCGGCGAACCAACUGAUAUUGUUGAAAUUGUUUCUGCUGACAAAACCGUCUCAUGAUCAGACGGAAUUCAUUUCAAUGUUUUUUUGCAGCUUACAAUGAAAAAGAGUCGUCAAAGUGAUGUUGUUGAAAGGCUUAAACCCCCUGUUCCUGAGAGGCCGAAAUUGGUGUCCAGAAACCUGCAAACAAAAGAUGUCCUGGAUGAAAACCUGAAAGAGGAGAACAGGGAAAGAAAUAAUGAAGAAAGUGGAAAAGACGGUGGUUAUCAUUGCAGCGAGACAAAGGAAAUUAAAAUCGACCUGGAAGACGGUGAAAGAGGAGUUCUAAUCAACGAUGCGCCUCAAACUGAAAUGGAACCUUCUUGCUCAAACCUGGAAGACGAAGAUGACAAGGAAGAAGACGAAAGUGACGAUGUCAACACGCCAUUUCUACAAAAUGAAGGACAAAAGGGGUCGGCUACGUCGGUGAUGGUGUUACCUUCGAUCAAUAUUGCCCAUUUCUCCAAAGAAAAAGAGCUCACUCCUGCUGAGGCUUUAAGAAACGUCGAAGAAAAGAUCACCAUCGAGAAAGAAGGCAGCUGUGAGAGCAAGGAAGAUGAUGAAGAAGACAUUUCUGGGAAAGAAGUCUUAUGUUAUGCGUGGCAGAUUGCUAAAGGGAUGGUAAGAACUUUUUCGACUGAAGAAUGCUUUGAGCAAUUUAGUCAUCGUUUGCAAAUCACAAGAAUCUGCCUCUUCCCCUUAUUAAUACUUUAAUACAAGUUUUUCUGUGCCUGCAAGUAUAUACUAUCUGGUCAUGAGACGGCAGAUUUUUCAAGCAUUCAAAUUUCUGCGUUAAUUAUAACAGACCAUGAUAGCGCUAACUACUAUCUUGCUGAAUUUUUCGUGAAACACAACACAUAUAAAAUUGAGCCGUUUGAUUUUAAAAAAGGUCAAAACCGAGUUUUUUAAUUUUCUAUCGCCCGAGAAGCCUAAAAAUCACAAGGAGCCGUUGUGAAGGUACCUAUUGAAAAAUCAGGUCUGGUCGUACUUCGAAAAGGUAUCUAAGGAAUACAGCCAUAUGACCGGAAUAAGGCUAAUCUAUCAGUUAUUUCAUUUGAAUCGUACAAGCCUGACAUACAGGGACAUAGCCAGCUUUUCGACUAGUUGUAGGCCUGGUUGACUCUCAUUUCCACAUAUCCUGAAAAUUGCACGCAUGACCCGUACGCACUGACCUCACCAACACUUUGAGCUCUUAUGUUUUUUUAGCUCGCCCCAACAACGCAUAAUUUAUUACAAGCGGUAGAGUGAUCCAAACAACAAUUUUAAGGCCUGGGCCUACAGGACUAUGGGCUGGCUACGCCCCUGACAUUCACGGCAGAACAGGAAAUAGAAAGCAAAAAGGAGAGGAAAAGAAAAGAAGGAAGUAGAGGAAAGAAAAAGCAAUGGUUAAAUUUGUUCUCGGGGUUGGAUGACUGAGCAGCAAGGACUAGAUAAAUCUUGACCCCCGUAAUCGGGUUCGUGGAAAGCACAAUAAACGGUCUGCAAGUGGAACUGAUGGCUGAAAGGAUUGCUUUUCGUAAACGGCAACUAUGAUGGUAUUUGCUAACUACUGUAAGCUCAAUUGAUAUACCUUGUGGCUCAGCUGUAUAUUUGGCUCUAAAUGAAUAAUGUUCACUAGGUAUGCUGUUUUGGGUGACUUCGAAAUAGAAAUCAGCGUUAUAGUAAGAACCAAUAGGUUUUUUUCCUUUUUCGGGCGUGGCAGUCUAAGGAGGACUUUAUUCCACUCACACCAGGUCUCCCUGAAAAACAGCAUUUAAUUAAGUGUCAACCGGUGUCAAAAGGCUUUCUUCCGCCGUUGAAAUCUUAACUGAAAACCUUAUUUUUCGGCCAAUAUUCAUCCCUUCGAGUUAUCGAGGGUAAAAACUGAAGGGAAACUACUUCGAGUUAAAAAUUACUUCGAGUUAGCCGCCGGGAGUUUCGAGUUAUCGAGGGUUCGAGUUACCGAGGAUAAAUUACACUAAAGGAAAUCCAGCGGAAAUGGAUUCUGGUUCGAGUUAGCACAAGGUUCGAGUUAGCGAGGGUUCGAGUUAUCUGGACUCGACUGUAGUUCACUUAGCUUGUUCAACUUUGACGGCUUUUUGUGCUGAAAAGUAUAUGUCGCUGGGAUAUUGUAAACCAAUUCCUUAAUUUUUUCCUUCGUUUUCCAACAGCUGUGACAGAAAUCCUCCCUCCAUUCUUCAAGAAUAGGCCGACGAUCACUUCCUCCCGCUUUCCCGACCGUUUUCCAGGCACAGCUUGCAGUAGCCUGUUCCAGGUUCUGGAUAGUAGGGGUGGCACCUGCAAAAAUAAGGCAAAAAAGCGUAAGGCACCGGGCGAAAAAGUGUAAAGCACCGGCAAAAAUAUAAAAGCGUAAUCUAGGAAAAAGGGGCGGUGACGGGCUAUUUUUGAGCCUGGAACAGAUGUUUCAUUGCACUUGGUUGCUUUUCCGUCAAAUCGUUAAAUCGGGAGUUCGUUUACAACGAUAUCCCGAUUAAACUGCUAUCCAACUGCCAUAUCGCAAAAUCGAGCUUCCAUUUUAAUUUCAGAUUGGAAUCUGGUAACUAAAAAUUUUUUGAGAAAUAAUUUCGUUAUUUCUCUGCCAGGAAUACUUGGCCAGCAAAGGAUUCAUUCAUCGUGACCUGGCAGCCCGUAAUAUCCUACUUGGUGAGGACAGAGCGGUGAAGAUUGCUGAUUUUGGUUUGUUACGCCGGGCAAAUGAGAGUGAAAUAUACGAAGUUACGAGCGUACACAAGCUACCAAUGAAAUGGAUGGCACCUGAAGCGUUGGAAAGCGGCAUUUUUACUUUCAAGACUGACGUGUGAGUAUAUGUUAACGAGGUCACAGUUAGGUCAAGCUUAGGCUUCCUGUGACUCAGUGUGAAGUUGAGGUUUUAGAUAACAUAGACCCUGCAAUGUACUGUUUAGAACUGUCUGAAGAAAAAGAGCACAAUUUUGAUCAUGACACUGUCUACAGUAGCGCUUAUCACUCUAUCUCUAAAGAAAUACUCAAGUGUUUGGAAAACAUUAGCCUGUUCCAGACGUGAAACUUGAAAACAAGAUUUAUAAACAGAAACUUUGAGCCGAUGAAGUUAAUCAGAGACCAUCUUGGAUCCUAAAUUCCACGCUCCACAUCCCGCAUUCCAGAUACUAGAUUCCGGAUUCCAACAAAGUGUAUUCCAGAUUUCAAAAGGCCUAGAUUCCAGAAUUUCAUAGUUAGCUGGACUUCGGAUUCCAAAGUCCAUGACUCCAAGCAAAAAUUUCCUGGAUUACCAUCCAUAGGACGAGAUAAACAAAAUUAAUAUUUCUGUGAAGUUAAUUCUUGCAAUUUCUUUAUCUGCUUCCUUUUAUUGCAGAUGGUCAUUUGGAGUUGUUUUGUGGGAACUAGCCACCAUGGGUAAGCUAGUUUUAUAAAUCUUUGUAUACUGAUGCUGGUAGAAUAAUACUCUAGUCAUUUUCCUAUACCCAAGGGAAUUGAGAGGAAUCCCCAAUGACAGUAGUCAGGGAAAAGGUGACUGUUCAGUUUUCGGAUAGCAGUUACGGGAGAAUCGAGCCGCUUUAUAAAAGAAGCCAUUCUCGCAUAAUGUCGUGAUUGCUAAACAACUAGAAAAAAUGAUAGGCUAACUAGUAGUAUACUAUGUUGGAACAUAAGCCCCGUUAGUGCGUUCCCUUUGCGUUCCGUGUACGUUCCCUCGAGCAGGAAUGCUGGAUAGAGUGAAGGAUGGCAGCUGUAGUGGUCAAGAGGCGUGCCUUGGAUCGAGAACCAUAAGGAAGGACUUGCCCGUGGGCAGAUCAAACAGCCUGUUGAAAAGCGGAAACAAAAGGGCUUUACAUCUCAUUUUGUAUUCGAAACAGAAAUGAUGCGAUAUAAAGCAAGGUGCGACGGUGCGACGUGGUUUAAAACAUAUGUGAUUUUGUGAUUCGUAAAUAAAUCACACUGCUGAGAGCCAAUCAGACUGCAGGGAUCACCAGCGAUUUUAAAAUCAAAAAUUAGAAAAGCCUGAUAAUGUUUAAUAAGACAGCAUUAAUCUUUAUUUUGUUAUUUUAGGGGGUACUCCAUACCCUGGGAUAAGCCCUAUGAGGCUAUGCAGUUUACUUAAAGCUGGAUAUCGGAUGGAGAAACCCAACACGUGCAGCGAUAAAAUGUAAGUCAGAAUAGAAAUAAUAAAAGACGCGCGAACAGAGGGUACGAUAAAGAAAUACUUUCAUAGUCCUUCAAACAGUUUUUUUUUCUAAAAUUGUCAGCCUUUUCUAAGGAGUGGAAACUGCAGCGCGCCUCUUUCCUUUACGUUGCUCUAUUUUAAAAAGAGCCUAUAGAACAUAAGUGUCUUCAAUAUUCAAAGUAAACGAAGAUAUAUCUUUAUAUAGUGGCAUUUGAAACUAUGGCUUCCUUUUACAACAGAUACAAAUUGAUGAUGGACUGCUGGAAGGAGGAUCCAAAUGAACGACCCUCAUUCCUUCAACUAGUACCGAUACUGGAGGAGAUGAUGACAGAAGAUACCCCUUACUAUUAUUUCAGACUACUGGAUCAGAACCAGCCAUGUUACCGUGAGGCAUCCGCCACUAACACCAGUAAAGCUAGUACUCUUGAUACGAAGCUCUAA